GAAGAAGAGGGGGGCGUCAUCGGGCUGCGCGCUGGUUUCGGAGAGGAGGUGGCGGCUGCCUCUUCGAAGCAGCAGGGAAUUUGUCUGCUUACCAACCACAUUUCUUCUCAUACUGCAGCUGAACAGUAGCUGUUGGGAUGCCAAAGAAGUUCCAGGGAGAGAACUCCAAGGCGGCCACAGCCAGAGCUCGCAAGGCUGAAGCCAAGGCGGUGGCAGAUGCCCGGAAGAAGAAGGAGGAAGAGGAUGCCCUCUGGCAAGAAACUGACAAGCAUGUACUCAAAAAAGAGCAGCGAAAGGAUGACAAGGAGAAGAGGAGAGCGGAACUCCUUGAAAGGAAAAAGGAAAACCAGCGACUUCUGGAUGAGGAGAAUUCUCGGCUGAAAGGCAAAGCGCCAGCAGGGCUUGCUGUUGGAGGGAAAGUAACUCGGGCCCAGAUUGAAGAAACACUUCAGAAGGAGCAGGAACAGCAACAGCUGAAACAGCAGCAACAGCAGCUCAAGCCAAAUGAAAAGAGCCAUUUGGAGACUCCAUUGGAGGAGAAUGUGAACAGAAUUAUCCCCGAUGAAGGAACGGUUGAAGCCAGAACAAUAGAAGAUGCCAUCGCUGUGCUGAGUACGGGGCCUGAGGACCUUGACCGCCAUCCGGAGCGGAGGAUGAAAGCAGCAUUCGCUGCCUUCGAGGAGGCAAAUAUGCCUCGUCUGAAAAAGGAGAACCCCAACAUGCGUUUGUCACAGUUGAAACAACAGUUGAAGAAGGAGUGGACAAAGGCCCCAGAAAACCCCCUAAACCAACGCUUCACCACAUUCAACUCCAAGUGAAUGCACUUGGUCCCUCAUAACUCCAACUUAAAACUGUUCACUGAUGCACAUUGAAGACUUCCACUUUAAAAUUGAAUAACGUCAUUACAAAUUAUGUGUUACUAAUGAGAGCUUAAAAAAACACACCCUUGAACUCUUGUUUCUGCAUUGCUUGAGGACUUGGCUUGUUGUUCCAUUCACUAGCAAGGAGAAGCUCAUUUUCACCAAUCAAUGCCAAUCCUGCAUCAAUCAAAGUAACAAAUGAUUAAUGUGUGCACGCGGCCUUUCAUGGGGCAUCUAAUGAAUCUACUCUUCUUCCGCUUUCCUGGGGAGCUGCAAAGCCUGAUGUUUUGAGAGUAACUUAUUAAAGUUCACAGCUCAAUCAUCAA